AUGCCCAACCAGGUGUUAACUAUAGAGCCUCAAAACGAACUAAAAUUUAAGGUUGAUUAUUCAGGACUCUUCGAGUCAGGAUGCACCACGUACAUGCGAUUGACAAACCCCUCAAAUGAUACGGUACUCUUCAAGAUAAAAACUACUGCACCAAAGAAGUACUGUGUACGUCCUAAUUCUGGCGUGCUUGAGCCAAACUCUAAAGUGGAAAUAGCGAUUACUCCACAGCCUGUGUAUGUGGACCCCAAUGAGAAACAUAAACAUAAGUUUAUGGUCCAAAGUGUGGUUGCUCCGGAGGGAAAGACCAAUAUUGAUCAAGUGUGGAAGGAAAUCAGCCCAGAUCAGUUGAUGGACUGCAAGUUGAAGUGUGUCUUUGAAUCUCCUCGUGGAACUAACUUGAAUGAUGCUGGUGACAAUGUCGCUCAAAACGAAGUGACCAAGAAGCGUGUCGCGGUGGCAGAUGAGGCAAAGUCGUCGACAAAGGAUGCCGUAGAAGGUCUUAUCCAGAAUGAAGCAAAGCGGAAGGAUGAUGAUCACACUACUGGCGUGAAAACGACUUUGACUUUCCCCAAGCCUGAGAACGCAGAUACUGAUUUGCAAAAAGCUACCUUAGAAGUUAUUCUUUUGAGGGAGGAAGAAAGCAAACUAAGACAUGAAAAUCUGCAACUAAAAGAGGAGCUGAUGCGCCUGCGCCAGUCCGCGGGUGGUGACGGUCGCGUGGCGCGCCCUCACUCAUACGGACCCGAAAAGAACGCACAGAUUACACUGAUGCCUUGGGUCCUCACCGCCGUUGGCAUGGCGCUCCUCGGCAUUAUCAUCGGCAAGUUCCUUAUGUGA